CGGUCCGUGCUUUAGUCUACAAUUGAGUUUUGUAUAGUUAAGUCGUGAUCAUAUACACUUGUUGUUUGUUGUUAUAUUUAAUUAUCUGUCUAUAAGCUGUGUCUGUGUUUUUCGGAAACCGUCACAAGAAGUGGAAGAUCGCGCGAAUUUCCGGGGAAUCUAGGUUGCAGCCUGAUUCUUCUCGAGCGGGAGUCUUGAGCAGCGUGAAGAGGAGCGUAUUCUUUCGAUUCGCGAUCGGCCCACCAACAGCAGCCAGCGUAGUUUGAACUGCUCGUGCAGAGAACUUUAAAGUGCGAGAUUCGUACGCUCGAAUAGAACAGUGUAUCUUUUCGAGUCGCGAUAUCCUGGGUGAUUUGGACAGAACCAGAUUGCUUUGAUUCAAUUCGGUGUUUUACAGCAAGUGAUUUGAUAAAACGAUUCGCCCUCAUCGGCAUUGUGGCGACUGGGGAAAAUAAAACAAUCCACUAGAAAACGUGAUUAAUGAAAACAGUAAAAUUUGUGUAAAACAUUGAAAAUCUAUACGUCUGUGAGUGAAGUUGUACGGAAGGCGAGUGAAUUUUUAGUAAAAUUUUUAAGAAAACCGAAAUAGCCAAAGAAGCUAAAGCGAGAACUUAAGUUUAGUUGAUAACCAUAAAGAAAAUAUUCGAGCCAAAUCAGCUCAAUGCGCGUUUGAAUAGCGAAAAUUUAUCGCUCGUUAAAGUAGUGGGUGUUGAAAAAAAAAGUUUAGAAGUCUGCUCUCCGACAGGAAGAAUGAAAUUUUUGUAUAAAUCGUAAAUACAUACCAACCUACCCAGCAAAGUGUAAGCCGGAAGCAAGAGCUAGAGCGGAGGAAGAGCAAAGAGAAACCGCAUUCUCUAGUGAGCUUAAUCAAUUUAAUAACAUUCACCCUGAACCGCCCCCUUGAAAACCACCGAAAGAAGAACAACAACACACAGUAAAGUGAAGAAAAACUCUCUCGUAGUUCGAUUUGCUUCGACAACUACGAAGACGACGCAAAACUAGCGAACAAGAAGAAGAAGCAUCCAGAAGAGAAGCCAAAGUUAUUCCAAUAUUAAUUUCGGUUCCUGCGAGUGAAUUCAAUACAUUCCAUAUGGUUCACAUGAUAGAAAUCGUUCGUCAAGGGAAAGUUGACUUUCCUCAAGUGAUUAUGAACCGUGCUAUUCAAGUUAAGCCAGCGGAUAGCGAGAACCGCGGUGACAUCUUAGUCGCGAUCGAGUCAAUGUUUUUGGUAUUGCCUUCGAAAUAAAUUUUCCGUACCACAACAGCAACAGCAACAGCAACAACAACAGCAGCAACAAUCGGUCAGCAACUCACCGGUUGGUCGAAUGUGUCAAAAAAGAAAAGAACAGUAUAACAGCACUUCGGAUGGUUUAGGGCUCAGUUAAUCGCUACCAUUAAAACAAAAAAAAAACAUUGAAAUACAAAACAAAACAAUUUAGGACAAAAUAAUAUUUUAAAAAAAUACAGUGAAAGCCAGCGGAAACAGUAGAGCUUUAAAGCAAGUGUGAUAUCUAGGAAAUAGGAAUAAGCAUUUUAGGGAAAAUUUGCCUAGCCAAAAUCAUAUAAAGUUACAUGCAAAGAACACAAGGAAGUUGUUUUGAAAAAUAUCAGUAACUCAAACUUCAAAAGUUAGUGCGAAGACUCAUUUCUGCAGGCGUAGAGAGAAAGUAGUAAUAGCCAAUUCUGUUUUGACGAAACGUAAGCCAAUUCAUCAAGAACCCUCUUUAUAUUUACACACAAAGAAGACAAAGUCGUAUCGCGCGUAAUACGCAGAACAAAAAAGGAAGAAAAAAAGGAAAAUCAAGUGGUUCUAAGGAUCUGGCGUUCAUCAGCAUCGCAAGCGUUGGUUUCAGUAGAGAGACAGCAAAGUUCUUAGAAAUCGAAAGCUUUUCGUUGGCAUGCUUAGCAAGCAGCAAACCGAGGAGGAUGUAAGACAGUUGUUUAACGCAUUCGGAACCAUAGAGGAGUGUACGAUACUGAGAGGACCGGACGGUGCUAGCAAAGGUUGCGCCUUUGUAAAAUUUACCUCGCAUCAAGAAGCUCAAGCUGCUAUAACAACCCUUCACGGUAGUCAAACUAUGCCGGGUGCGUCUUCUAGCUUAGUGGUCAAGUUUGCGGACACCGAGAAAGAAAGGCAACUCCGUCGUAUGCAACAAAUGGCCGGUCAUAUGAACCUGCUGUCCCCGUUCGUCUUCAACCAGUUCGGACCGUACGGUGCCUACGCACAACAGCAACAAGCAGCACUGAUGGCCGCGGCCACCGCACAAGGAACCUAUAUCAACCCAAUGGCAGCACUCGCAACACAAAUACCUCAUGCGUUGAACGGUUCAGGACAACCCGUAAACGGUGCCAUCCCAUCGCUACCAUCGCCGACGAUGCCAACCUUCAACAUGGCAGCACAAACCCCCAACGGGCAGCCAGCCGGUUCCGAAGCAGUCUACACCAACGGGAUCCCUCAAACCUACCCUGGGCCCAUUUACAUAGAUGCGCUCCAUCUAUCGAUACCGGCCCAAGGACUUCCAAACGGAGACGCCGCACUACCCCACGCAGCGUAUCCUGGCAUCCAGCCCUAUCCGGGCGUUGCCUACCCAGCCGUAUACGGACAAUUUCCGCAAGCCAUACCACAACCGAUAGCCGCCAUUGCACCAGCACAACGUGAAGGCUGCUCCAUAUCAGGCCCGGAAGGCUGCAACCUAUUCAUCUACCAUCUGCCGCAGGAAUUUGGCGACGGAGAGCUGAUGCAGAUGUUCAUGCCAUUCGGCACUGUGAUAAGUUCGAAAGUCUUCAUCGAUCGGGCCACGAAUCAGAGCAAAUGUUUCGGUUUUGUGUCGUUUGACAAUCCAGCCAGCGCUCAAGCUGCUAUCCAAGCCAUGAAUGGUUUUCAGAUUGGUAUGAAAAGACUGAAAGUUCAGCUGAAGAGACCAAAAGACGCCAAUAGACCCUAUUAACAAUCAGAGAUUAAAAGCGCUUUAAAAAGUGCUUCUGCUGAAGCUUUAAAAUACGAAGUUAAUCCUUAGACAAAAGUACUAUAUCAUCAAUUAAAAUAAAAAUGAAAACAAGAAAAAAUACAAAAAUAAGCCGUAUCUGACCAGCAGAUCUUUCACGUGAAAUCGACCGUUCGAGAUAAAGUAAACACAUUCGCACGAAACCGAGGAAUUUCACGAGCGUCAAGCUGCUCUGCAUCAACUGAUAUGGCGCUCUUUUGGAUGCUAUAAAAGAAACGAGCGCCAUGAAGCAAACCACCCACGACAAACAACUACAAACUUAACUAUUAGUCGUCAGAGGAAUACAUUAAAUAGCUACACAAGAAAAAAAACAGAGAUAGCGAAGGCAUAGAAUAGAUCAGAUGACUAAGAAAUGAAAGUCCAAUUCUAUACACAACCAUCAGCCAUUUAACUAUCCCCGCUCUUUUAAACUUUUUCCACCACGUCACACUCAUCUUAGACAAACAGUAGAUGUUUAUUAGAAAUCGUUGCACGAAAUCCUUCCGAUCUCACAGUGGCAAACUCUCCGAAAAUUUAAGUUGGAUUUUUGCGACAGAGAGCACGUAAAACGAGCCUGGAGUCUCACAACCAUUAACAGAAAAAAAAAACAACUAAGAUUAUUCAGUUCGAUAAUCAUCACACUCUGUACAUUUUUAGAUACAUAAUAAAAAUAUAUUAUAUAUACAAUACCUAAGAAUAUUUAUACAUUAGGAUGUAAUAACGACAGGAUAAACGAUUUUUUUGCUAGUUUCAAUAUUUUUUCAUUGUGCCAUUUUGAGGAAGAACACAACAUAAAACAGGAAGUAAAAAAGUAAGCUAAAAGAUUUUUUCGAUUCGACUGCUCGGAGUUAGGCUUAUAGGGCAGUGGUGUUUUAGCACUAUUACGCAAAGCGGAGGACUCGCACUACGAAUAUGGAUUGCGAACUCGUAACUAGGCGGCAAAGGUACGGAAAUAAAAUUUUAACCCUUAAACCAUAGACCACUGAAGUUCUAUAUACAUAAUUGAGUAAAACUAUAUAUAUUAUAUAUAUUUAGAAGGUUAGAUAAACAAGAAAACUUAUUAAAAGGAGUAUUUAAAUUUAACAGAAAAAAAUACAACAGAAAAAAACAACCUAAAUAGUAACGUAAUGAGCAGACAUAAUGGGAAAAGCUGCGACCUAAAUGUUAAGUGCGACCGGAGAACAAAAGAAGCAUACUAUUUUACUGUUCAGGAUGCGGUAAGAAAGUUUGCGAGCGGACGGUAACAAUUGCCCAUCACUUAGUAUACUAGCUAGAAGUAAUUUAUCUAUAUAAAAGAAAAACAACACACUUGCAUAUACAUUAAUUACACGCAUUACUUACAUUACACAAAAUAACUAUAUGAUUAUGGCAUAGAGAAAUUAAAACCCAUCAUGGGUGCUGAAGCUAAGGCUAGCGGUUAGUACUAACUAAAAGUAGCACUUUUCAAUAUAGAAUAUCAUUUCUUAAGCUUAUUUUUUUGUAUAAUUGAAUCACGAAUCCUCGAUUAUUUUGUACUUUAGCAUCAUUUUACCUGUUUCAGUAUUGGUUUUUUAUUAUGUAAACAUCUCACCGUUUUAAUUUAUAGCAAAAACUUAUUGUUUAAGUGAUUUAUCGCUCUUGAAACUUGUUGCUAGAACUGAUUUCGUGAAUAUUAAGUGCAAUAUUAGCUAUGUUAUUUUGUCUCAUCUUCUUAGAAGAACGAAUUUACUAACUAUAUAUAUAAAAAAAUUUGUUAGUCACUAUAAUGCUUAAAACACUAAGUUUAGCUUCUAUUUCAAAGAAAACAAAAUGAGAAAGGAAAAUUUAGCUUACUAAUACAUCUCAAAUCAUCCGACUUAAAACUACUAAAUGCGUUAUUAAAUUAAUUACUUAACCAUAAACCAGUAACGAAAAUCAUUCAAUCGAGAUGAAUCUACAGCUAAAAGAAGCCAAAAAUGAGAUAAAAUUGUAACGGAUAAAUCAAGCCCAAACAACAGCUUAGAACACAAGCUUGCAAAAAUAAGUGACAUCUAUUAUGGGAUUAUGGGCAUUAGUGAAAAAAAAUCUAGGCAGAUUAGUGCUUGAUAGUUAAGGUUAAAAACCAAUCUCUGUAAUAUGUUUUCUAGCCUCGGAAACGUCCAUUACUCUCCAAAACACAGCGUAGUCAAACCCUAGUUCCUUUAGUUCGAGUAUUAGGUAUACUUCCUCUCGUGGCCACUGCCGCCCCCUCAAGUGUGGCUGAUGAUGGCGGUAGUACAUAAACGGUAAGUCUUUCCUAAUAACUAAUAAACGCAGGAGCAGAAAAUAUUAUACCGAUCAGAAGAGAAUUUUUCUUUUGUUACCAUGUAUAAAACAGCAGACCUAGGAUGAAGGAAAUAAGAAAAAAAAACGACGAAGACACGGAAGUUUUCCUGUUGGGAUGCAGUUUUACACUAGGCACUGGUGAGCGAGAAAAUGUCCUAGGGCCAGUUUUACUCACAAUCACCCGUUUGCAGCUAUAAAUCAGGAUGAUGUGUGAAAUAUGAUGAGCAGAUAGAAAAACGUGGAUUUUAUGUGCGGAGGAUUAAGCGGAGUUUUUAAUUAGAAAAGAAAAAGAGAUUUGCUUUCUUUUUGAGUCAUAAAUACUUUCUAAACCGAACAAGAGAGCGCUCGCUGCAGCCACAUGGUGUGAGGUUUUGUUUUUUUUUUCGACAGUUGGCAACAACCAAACGGUGGAAAGAGGUCGUGCGGGAGGAUGAAAGUGUAUUUUUAUGAUUUCAUUUUAUGAUCCACCAGAAUCGCCACACCGAACGAAGGACGACAGUAUUAAGGGAUGGAUUUAAUUAAGAUUUAUGGUUGAAUUUUUUGUAUUGAAUUUUGUGGCACACUGCGCGGACAGUUUGAGCCGGGCCGUUUUUGAAAGAUGUUGUAUAUUUUUAAUAAAGAACGGAAUAUAACGUUUUCUAAACGGAUUAUAUGGUUUCGUUAUAUUCUUCUACCUUAUUUUGACGCAUGAGAUUUUGGAUACAAACGGAAAAUUAUCAACAACAACGUAAAAUGCAUUGAAUUUAUUGUUCAUACAAUCCAACAAUCUGUGCCAAGUUCAAAUAGUUAGCACUUAGAGUAGAUGUAAGGACAGUAACGACAACUUUCCGUUUGCUGUCAGUGUCAUUCCAAUCUAGUAGACGACAUGUCUAAUUGAAUAUAAAGUGUAAUAGAUUGCCAAUAUUUCGGAUGAUUUUUUGUUUUGAAUUUUCAACAUAACUGAUGAGAUGUCAUUCCCCGCACAGCGUUUUGGCUACCUGGGCAGCCAUGGCCACCAGACGGCUACCAAAAUUGAUUCAGUGACGGUUGUCGAAUCCAAUUUGACAAAACAAAGUCGCCUGUAUCUAAGUUAGCCGAGCGUUUUCAUCUUCACACCUUCGCUGAAAAUGUCAAAGAUUUCAAUGUGGAAAAAUCCUGGUGGAUACGGUUGUAUCGUUUGAGUUGUAUAUCUGGCAGCGAUGAGGCAGUCGGUCACCAGAAUGUCUGCCAGUCAUAUUUUUCCAGCUGGCAGCGUUUAGUCAGCCAUCUGACAGCCAUGCGUAUGCGGGUCUUCUUACAUUCACUCUGUUAGCAGCAACCAUUCAUUGAUGAAUCAACAUAUAAACCGGUUGCUUCACUUUCAUUUCUGGCAAAUAAAUCAGAACACGAAACACUCAAGCGCAAAUCGCUCGGUUCCAUUAUAAUCCGUUGAAUUUACCGUUGACCAGAAUUAUAGAUAUAAACUUAGGCAUUUUUGAUAAAAAAAAUUUUGUUUUUCUGUGCCUAUCUUCACGCAGCGUCAGCGUCAACGCCAAACGAAAUUUUGGCAAUACUAACCUACUUAGUUUUUGCAGUGUUUCCAAAUUACGUGAUCUAUGCAGAGUAAUAGAUCUCGUACUUGAUUGUUUCAAUUUUGCACAUGAACUUUCUGCUACCGCCAACCGACAUCGCCAAACGUUUUUUUUUAAUGCAACGUAAGCUCUCAACAUAAAUUAAACCAAAGUCGAACUCGAAAAAUACGUCCACAUACUUUUUCAUAACACAACGCACACGAUUUAGAAGCGCAAAAGAUUUGUAGCCAUAUUAUCGAGAGUUCUAGGUAAAUAUAAACCGCUAUCUCAUGUUUUGUGACGUUCAGUUAAUCAUUUUUAUGAGCAAGAAUCAAACAAAAACACGAAUUUAGCGCACAAUUUUCGCAAGGUGAUAAAAAUGUAGACAAAAGAAACAUACAUCCCAAAAAAGGAACCCGAUAUUCAUCCUACGGCUUCGUCGCGUCAACUGUCUCUGUUUCGAAACAAAUUGAACACAACAACAAAAAUUUAGGUGAUUCAACAAAAACGGGCUGUGAUUUAAAUGUUUUAUUUGUAGAAAUUAUAAAAGUCGAUAUCGUUUCAUCGCUACCAUUGUACUAUCAUACUAACAUAGAAAAAAAUCUGUUCCUUUCGUUAAACACCUGUCUGUGAAAGGCGUCGCUAGUGACAUCUACAACCUAAUCAAUUGUCGUGGACAACUGUACAGUUUGUUGUAUGAUUUCACUUGCUAUGAAAAAAAAAAUCUCAAUGUUUGCUCGUACGACUACUACUGUCAAACACUGUAAUCGAUGUGCAUGUUGACGGUUGUUUUGUCUACCGUCUAAGACUAUCCGAGGAAAGUAUCAAUAAUAAUUGUAGAAAAGCAGUACCUUAAACCUACCCAACGAGUGGGAAUAUUUCGACAUCUAUCGAUGUGUUUUAUGUAAAUGAUGAACUAAGCUCACAUUUAUUUCCGAACUACUUUGCGAAGCGAGGAUGAGUAUCACCAAUGUAUCACCCCUACCGUUACUUGCCGGGAAUACCGAUUACGUUACCAAUCAGUGCUUAAUCCUCUGCACAGAAUCCACCGAUAGUCAGAAUCCUAUUGCCAAACAUUUCCUAAAACUUUAUCGAAUAAAUGUUUGUUUAGCUUGUAAAUACUGUACAUUUUCUAUAACAUUACAAAUACCUAUAUAUGCUAGAAUUUACACCCGCGAAGGAUUACAACCACAAAAGCGGAUGGGAGACGAGUGAAUGAGAGUUGAUUAAAUCAUAUCAGUUUAAAGGUAAUUAUUUUGUGAAAUCUAAAGAAUACCUAUACCUAUACACAAACAAAAACACCGAUAUACUUAACGAAAAAAAAGUCGCAUAUGUAGCGUAUAGUUUUGAACAAAAGAAAUAUAAAAACAAGAAAGGACUACAACCCAACGAAAGUGAACCCACCUUGAAACGAGCAUGCUUUCGAUUGGUUGCACCGAAACCCCGCCCUACACCACUCCUGCAGUCGGAACUAACAAUCCGCCCAUCUUGUUUAGAGCCCUAUCUGACUUGAACAAAUGCCACAAGCUGAUUCGCUACCGAUGGCAUAGUGGAUCGUAGUUGUAUGAACUAACCAAACAGUAAACAAAACAACAGUUGUAGUGAUCAUCUAUUACAGUCUCAGCUAAUCCUGUCGCUUCGUUUGUGGGUGAGGAUCAAACUUUUCCUAUUCCCGUACCUCUUACCCACAAGUUUGCUUGAGCAUCCCCCAGAACAAAAAAAACCAAUAGGGACUAUCACAAUUUUAUGGAUCUGUGUUGAAACGAGGCAGUCGAAAAAAAAGAUGUAAACACUCCACAAAAAAAAACACCCAAUCACUAAAUAUACAGAAUUCAACUUAUAAACAUGCCCGUAUCAAAUCCGUACUGAUUACUAUAUUUAUAGAUGAGAUACAAUCGAAUGCAAAAUGGGCGAAUCUAUGUAGGUCUAGUUUGAAUCUAGUUCUACGGAUGUGACCAAAACGAACUAGAUUAUACUCUUGAUAAACACGUACACUUUUACACAAUCACAUGACUAAUGCGCUCCCAGAAACGGUUUAUCGCGCAGCAGUGACUAUAGUGAUUCAAACUGGUCCAUCCGGAACCGGCGAAAAGGUUUCAUUUGUGUUUGACAAACCAAAACACUGUUCAACUCGGGCGUAGAACGUUUCUAUCGAUGCUGCUAACAGGAUUUGCUAUCACAUUUUCGCUUUCGUGGAACAAAAUCAGAAAUGAAAUAUAAACCAACACUACAUUUGACAGCUAUUAGUUAGUACCAAGAAAAUCGGAAUACACAGGACGGAAUAUGGACAUUUCUUAUCUGUCAAGUGUCAUUGAAAAUAUUCACGCGUGGCCAACAGACUCCCAGGAUUUUUCAAAAUCCGUGUGCUAAUAUUUUCAAAUAUGACCUGGCAUCCCUGCACGGACAGAUUUAUCAGGUCAUCAUGAAUAUUAAUGUUGAUAAUCGAUAACCUCAUCGAUUUUGAACACAAGCUUAUUUUUCUAAAACUAAAGUUAAAUUCUCACACUUCCGCAAUUACGAGACUUCAUAAUUUGACACCGAAAUUCGUGUCUAUACCUAUCCGAUUUAGCUGCAUUGAAAAUUCAAAACAGCUCAAAUGAAACUUCGAUUAAAUGAUGAUCAUUCUUUUGAGAAUUCAGAUGAAAAUUUCAUAUAUUUUACGGUCGAUAGUGAGCAAAAUGUUCUAAUAAUACUUUCACCAUAUGUGAAUUUAUUUGACUAAUCAUGACAUUAUUCACAUUUCAGCUGAUUUUGGCGCCAAUUCGCUUGUAGAAGUACCAUUUGAUCAGCGUAAUAAACUAUUUCAUGUAUAAUCAAAACCAUAUACUUGAACGUUUGAAGAUAUCUAGUAUAGUUGGCUUAACGUAUUCGUUGUUUUUUCAACAAAAUAACUAUUUCACCAUUUUUCGUUUUGUUUGCUAAAUGCAUGAAUUGAUAAAUUACGCAUUUUGACGGAGGACUACGUGUUUGAUUUCUAUACAGGGUUGAGAAUUCAAAAAAACGAAAACUAAGGUCGUACAAACAGUAAUCAGGCUUUUAAUAUCUAAUGCACAACCAGUUUUAAACAGGUUUUUUAAUGCAUAACACCAAAUGUUUGGAAAUAUUUCUUGGCAUUGAUUCGAAGAAAUAUAACUAUACAUUUUAGACAAUCGGAGAAGGAAAUUUCAGUGAAUGACGAUUAAUUUAUAAUUUUCCCUAUUUUUAAAGCCAUCAAAACAUUCCACAAAUUUACGGGUUUCAUUCCAAUUCCGCUCUUAAGAUGUGUGCUCACGUUUAAGAAAAUCGCAUGCAUGCAACAAGAAUCAGCAUUGAACCGACUUACACUCUGUUCGGUUCUAUGAUUCUGUGAUAAAGAUUUCUGCAAGUUUAUUCUAUGCGCCGCACUAGAGGUAGCGAUGGAAUUUUCUUCAGAAUUCUACGGAAAUUGAUAUUUUUCACGUAAAACUGCGGAAAAUAUUUUGUCUUGUGAGCAAAAUAAAAGGUGUUCUCUUGUACGUUGCGUACUUGACACCUUGUCUUUUAAUUUUCCAAUCAGAUUUUGUAAGAUCGUCUAUGUUGUUAGAUUCGGAAAAAUAGAAUUUCUUCCGCAUCAUUUAAUUUCUAACUUUCGGCUCGUUGCCUUUCAGGUUGAGCACAGGAAUUUUUCAAGAAUAUAAAUCCACUAUUCUAAAUUAGUCUUGAAGUAUGAAUAAUUCUUGAAAACCGGUUUGUGGUAGUCCUAAAAAAGACUGAUUAGUUCGAUGAAUAAUUUUAAUUCUUUUGAUAGCUAGCCCUACAAAAGGCUGAUUAAUUUAUUAAUCUUCAAAUAGACCGAAGCCUUGAAUCGAUGCAACUGUAGGUAGCUAGAAAUUUUUACAGAAGCCAAAAGCUAUUCGCGUGCGGUGCAAACGACUAUAAAAACGAGUUGCUGAACUAAUUACAUUCAUAUUUUACAAGGUGCAUUUUCUCUAAUUUCAUUCAUAUUUUACAAGAUGAAAAUACACUUCAUUGUAUUUUAUUGAACGUCUACACCUCACUAUCUAAAUCAUUUUUAUCUACCAUAACACAUAAAACAUAAAACUUUCAAACUCGGAAAUGUCGAUUAUCGUGCUGAAUUUAAGUCAUGGGCAAUUCUUCUUAUUUCUGACAGCUUCUCUCAGUUGUCAAUAAAUUUUCACACUUUAGAUGCACCCACUGAUUGCGAUUAAGUGUGCAUACAACAUCCUGAUGUUAUGAAACGUGUUGGAGGGAUUUGUUGUUGUUCGCUUCACUAUUUAGGGUUAUUGAAUUACUCGACUUUCAAUCAACGCAUUGUGAUUUUCGUCCUACCCCUAGAGUUGAUAUAUUAAGCAAAGACAGCAGAUAUCAUCCUAACUAAUGCCAUCAUCCUGCACCAGAAUAAAACACGGUUUCGAAUUAGUGUUUUUCAAAUAUUCCAUGUUCAUAAAAAUAAGAAGUUCUUAAAAAUGAACGUCGAAGUAAUAUCUCCCAUUUAUCACAUUUGAAUAGCAAUGAUUUGUUUGGACAUUGAUAGGCUUUCAAGCCCUAAUGAAAAGUACAACAAUUUUGCGAUCUACCAAACCAAAAUCAAAGUGAUACUGGUAACAAAAGCCAAAUUGGCAUACAUUACGUCUUUCAAUGUCGAAUCAGUCAACCAAAAGUCCAGUUAGCAGUGACAAUCGAAACGUUCUCCCCGAUGCUGUACACUAUUUAGUGACUCCAGAACCACCAUCCAUCCAUAGACUGGAUAACUACUCCUUAGCUAGCAAAACGAGUUUAAUUUUCGAGUUUUCAAAUCUUUCUUUUCCAACUAUCUACUUAUAAGCUCAAGCUGUUAUGGCUUAGUUUGCGUUGAAUCUAUCAAAAACCGUUUUGAGAGUGAAAGCUGAACUUAAACUUAUAUAGAAAUGAGAACACUCGUACAGCUGUAAGAUCUGUAGAUUUUUUUAGAAUCAAGAAUCUAGUGAAAAAAAAUCAAAUACUAAUGUAUACUUUUAGGCCCUUUGCAGCACGUCUAUAUGCACUUUGUAACCCGUACUGGUCAGAUAAACCAAUCAAGUUAGACAGACACUACUGAUCGACACUAACACAAAUCAAUCAGCCUCCCGUAGUUUUUUAAAAUGCUUUUUAGGCAAAAUGGAAAAAAAAACAUAAAGUGGGCAAAUGCAAAAGCGGAAAGUAUAUUACAGUAGACGCCUUUUCAUCUUUACAAGAAUGAAUCUAGACAAAGUGGAUCCAGGAAAAUGUGCUUAUUUCAAUCCUCACGCCUGGAACUUAUAAAUAUAUUGGCAUAGUUCCUUUAACUAGGUUUUAGCCAUAGUCUCUGUCAUCAGUACUUCACGGUAAGGACAAAUAUUUCAUUAAAUUUUCAACCAGUACACGAACAUAUACAGCAUCCCACUCAUAUUUAUUGCAACUAAACGCGAAACACUUGUGUUAACAUCCUAUUAAAAAUAGUUUGACAUAUGAAACGGAACAGUAAGCGAAAAUUUCAAAAUCAUCAUUGACGCAGAAGAAAUCACAAUACAUUUAGUAGGGAAUAAGUAUUUGCUGCUAAUAAGAGGAUAAAAAAUAAAUCAACCUAUUAUUAGCAUAUAGCAAGCAGUUAAACACUUGCAUUCAGAAAAAAAAGAUAUAAUACAAAACAAUGUAUAAAAUAUAGGAUACAGGGUAUUUCUUGCAAUUAUAGAGAAAAAACAUGUUGUUCGACAAAACUAUUACUAUUAUUAAAAUUAUUAUUAUACUAAACAAAAACAAAAAAAAACAUUUAGAUGAGAUAAUUAUUAUCGAUACCGAGCAACCAUUUUUUCCUUUUUGCAAGAAAGAAAAAUUUGUUUAAAAAUUGUAAACAUAAAUAAGAAAUAAUUCUGUUUUGUGAUAUGAACGAGACCGAAGGAAUGUACGAAACUACUAACAAAUUGAUAAAUAGAAAGCAUUUCCUGCAGUGAGGUAACAAUGCAAACAAUAACGAUUGAAGAAUUUAACAGUAAAAGUACUACACUCUGCUCCCGCACACGGAUGCGGCACACCGAUGUUUUUUCCGUUCCUAUGCUAGGUUUUCUCUAAAAGCUUCCUCGUUUAUUUGUGACAUAUUAGAAACAUCCAAGUUUAUGUCAUGCAUUUGAUUCGUGUUUGCUUUGGAAUUUGAGUAAUUCACGAAUCUGCAAAAAAACGUUUUAAAACCCAACAGUUAUGUUAUAGGAGAUUAAUUUCUAAUCAAAAGAAUACGGAACCGGAAACUAGGUAAGUUUUAAAGCAUCUUUCAAUUUUACUCAACGAAACUCAGAAAGAUAUCCUGGAAACGAAAAAUUGAAAAUCUGAUAUAUUACUACGGAAUAAAAACAUACCUUUAGAAAAAUGUAUUCUAAAUAUUUUCGGCACGGUUGAAAUAUAAUUUUCAUGCUUUGAAACAACUCCAUCACGGUGCAGCGAUUCAUUAGUAAAAAGCAGAAACGUUAACUUUCCAAAGUAAAGAACCGAGCACAAUGCCUGAACUUUAUUUGAACAUUUUGUAACGGUAUUUGGAAGAGAUAUUCAUCUACUGUUCGAGCGAUUGUUGUGAAAGUCAUUUCUUUGUCAGUUAAUUAUUUCACUUUUUCCUCAUUACAACCUUUCCGUUUCAUUAUUCGUAUUUUAAACACAAAAUAAUUUGACUAAUCACAGUGGAGAACGAAACGAUUCAUACAUGGAGGAAAACUUUAAUUAUUGCGACAAUAUCGUAUUAUAAUAAACAUAAUUAAAAAUUGAAAUGAAGCCUUAAAACUGUAUAUGCAUCAUAAACAAUGCCAACCGUGCAUGACAUAAAAAAAAAUCACGAAGAAGAGGAAAAUAGCGAGAAAGUGAUCUAGAAAGUGAGCCAAAAUUCCAACCAGUCGAUGAAAAACCCAUGCAGUAUAUUAGGAAUCGCGUUUCCAAGCUAGUCGAAGCUGGCAACAUCAGCAAAACAUAAAACAUGCCCUUCUAGUCGACCAUUUGAAUGGUUUCAAUCAAAGAAUUUUCUUUAAAACAUGAUAAAAAUACUAAUUCUAUGAAAAUAUACGCUACAUGAUGUUAAAAAAUGAAUUGAGCAUACACACAAAAUACAUAAUAAAAGAAUAAACAAAGAACCGCAAGUGAGACGAACGAAAAGGCAAGUUCCACCCACACAAGUAACAUAAAAUAAACCGAGUUCAGUUCUGCUCAGUUGGUGUAGGGAGAACGAAAAGCCCGGCACACAAAUAAUCUUGAAGGUAAAACGCUUUUUCAAUAUUUCAUUUGUACCUAAAUCUCGCUCCUAUACAUUUUCCUUUCUCUUCAACAGUGUAGUCGAUAGUCGAACACUAGCAUUCAGUUGAACGUUUUUGAUUGUAUCUCCGCGCAAAACCAGCGUAAAUAACUGCAUUGUCAACACUUUAAAACUAGUCAUAAAAAGUGAACAUAUGAAUUUAUUUGGAAAGUAAAACAAAUAAGGAAAAACGGAAGAAAAUGAGUAUAGUACAUAAAAGUAUAUAUUUAUAAAAAUAAAAUUAUUUAUAUUGAAAGAAAAAAAAACUUAAGAAAACAAAUGUAAAAAGAACUAUGAUCUAAAUUUUAAGUACAACAGUAUUAGAGUAAUCAUAAAUAUAAAUUAAUAAAGAAAAUACUGGAACUAGUUUAAAUUGAACUUUUAUUUAAAGCAAAACAAGUAUUCGUAAAAUCCAUUUUUUAGAUACUGCGAGAAGUACUUAGUAAUCAUGAAAAGCCCUUGAAAUUAGGUAAUUUCAAUGAAAUUUUAAGGAAUUACGCUGAACAAACAACACACGAUAAAGGAAACAAACCAAACAAUUGAAAAGUGAAAGGAAAAUGAAGUAUAUUCAAAAGUCAUAUCAGGCAAACUCUAAAAUAAACUUUUAAAAAGUAAUCAUACUAGUGAAAAUCAGCUAACAUUUAUUAUUUUGAUUUUUAGGACAAUUUUAUACGUAUUCGUUCAGAGCAAGCAACUCGUAAAAUAUCACUACUCGCCAAAAACAAACAUACACUCUCACACAUACACAGUCAAAACUGAACAACACACGCGCACACUCAUAUUCUCGUUUCUACGGUGAACAGAAAAGGGCGAUUCUAUUAUAAUCUUCCAUUAUUGCUGCUGAUUAAAGUAGGGCAUCAUCUUCUCAGUACAGCUGAACGAUAAGAAUAGAAAAAAAAAAAACAAACCUGCGCUACUUGCAUCCUCCAUAAGAGUCAAGAAAAAAAGCAUCCCGCUCUGUUUCUGUUUGCUUCGUGGCAAACUUACAGAAUAAACCUUAUAUAUACACCUUCACCAACACAUACAAAUAUAUGCGGAACACAUAGAAAGUUUCCUCCUACGGCAAACUUCAAGCGGAACCACCCACACUAAAUAGUUACUGUAACAAAACAAAAAAAAAACAACUAUUAAGGGAUAUUUGAGGGACAAACAAAAUGCGUACUAAUCAAUUAGAAACAGAAAAAAAUGAAAGCCAUAUUAUAUAACUACACAGAUAAAGGAAAACAAAAUUUAACCUUACACAAAGAGAUACAUUUCCUUGAGAACAAACGUGGAAGAGUAUGAGCAGAAAACUUUUAGGGAAAUGCACUAAGCUAUUAUCAUUAUAAUAGUAUAACACACAUAACAGAAAUCUCGUAACAAAAUAGCUAAAGCAAAGAUUUUGCUUCAUUUCGAAUGAAAGUCCCCCAUAAUGACCUUAAAUUAUUUAAACGAACAAACAAACACAAAACAAAAAUGGAAAACUCUCCUAUAUGAAGGAAAAUUAAAAACAACUGAAAACAACUAUAUUUGACCACACUUUAUACACAAGGAAAACACACUAAAAUAUACAAUAAUUAUUAUUUAAGAAAAAUUAUAUCUAUCAACUUUUGUCAUCAAUUAAAUUAAAAUUUAACUAAAGGAAAAAAGCGAUAACACAGGAAUAUUGAUACUACAUUCGACCGAAGUGGCAGCGACGCCGCUCCAAAGCCGGCAGCGAACCCUGCCCGAGUCACUGUCACUCCCGAAGGGGGCUGCUUCCGUCCGCCGACGGCGAAUCGUGCUGAUGCCGGUCGAUUUAGAGACUUAAACUCUAUUAUUAGCGAAACUAACUAAAGCAGAGCUAAGCUGAGAUGCGAAGAAAGCGAGAGAGCGAAAGCACGAUAAAACAAAUGAAGGUAACAGAAGAAAGAAGAAAAAAAUCAAAAAACCGAUGCGAACUAUGGUUUAAGCGCAUGUUUAAGAGGAAAACACACAAAAUACAAUGUCGUUACGAAGCUCGUAGUAAGGCAAGAGGAAGAAUAAAUGAAAAAUGCCAAAAAACAAAUUGUUUAGUUAAAAAACAAAUAGAAGAGGAGGUAAGAAAAAAGUUAAAAUAUUAUAGAAGGAAGAGAGAAAAAAAAAACAAAAAAAAUAACUUUGCCAUUUUAUUGAUAAUGAAUUGAUAGAAGAAGAAGUGAAAUGAUUCAUUAUUAUCAAUUAUUAAUAGGAAGGAAAUGAGCGCAGCAGAAACGCAAAAAUUAACUAAUUUUAUAAUUAAAUUAUUACUUAUUGAUUAUUAUUAUGGUUCUAUUGCAAUUAUUAUUAUUAAUGCAGAGAAAAACAACCCGAUACAGGGGGAAAAGAAAUAAGGAUAAAUUGAAUAAUUUUGUAUAGUGAACGAAUUGAGCCAGUUUCCUUGCGGCACCGAGCAACUGCUUCUCAAAUUAGAUGACCUGUAAUAAAUGAACAAAACCAACGCUUUUGAAUUGAUUAUGGUUAGAAAAACGGACGAUACUAUUUUUGCGGUAAAUUAGAAAUUCAAGUAGUAGCUGCAGCUGCAACAGCGCAUUUUUGCUAACGAGAAGCAUUUAUAUCUAUUCUACCACUACUACUACCACUAUUACUACUAAGAACAAGAACUACAGGAAACGUAUUAAUCAUCAUCAGUUUCUGUUUGCGACAGUCCCGCCGCCAACAGUUAGUGCAAAUCAUACCACGUAGAGAUUGAUUGCAAUUAGUACUUAAUCCCACAAAUGUAUACAGAAACGUGAGAAAUUAUUGUCAUAACACUGAAAGAGUUACUAGUAGACGAAAGGAGAAGUGGAAUGUGGACAUCGGUUCGCCCGCAAAGGAAACGGGCUCCGUUUGAUUCAACGAUCAAAUAUAUUAUUAUAUAUGAAGAAAACAUAUUAUUAACUUUAUAACAAAAAAGUAACAAAAUAAAGUUAAAAAUACACUUUUAAAAAA